AGAUAUAAGGCUUGAAAUUUGGUGAUAGCAUAAGUGAAAACCUGUGGAACAGAAGUCAUUGUUUGCCCAGUAUUAAGAAAAUGGAAGAUCUGAAAAAUUUGCCAAAUGACAAGGGAGAAAAUUUGGCCAGAUUUUUUGAGAAGAUGGAGGUUAAAGAGAACCAAGUCAUGAAAGACAGGAGACGCAGUUCACUGAUUCCCCCCUCCAAAGACAAGCUGGCCUCAAUGGGGGACAGCCAAUGGGAGGAGCCGCCCAAUGCUAGACUGUCCACCACCGAGAAGUCGGAGUGGGAGCGGCUGUACCUGUCUGCAGUCAAGAGGAGGAACCUUCACCUCAGUAUCAGGGAACAGGCCAAACUCAACGCCAUGACUCACUUCAGGCCCGGAGAAAUUCACAACAUUCCACUCAACGAUGCCAAGGCCUUACCCAGGAUCAAGACAGACGCAGAGAGAACGGCGGAGAAGAAUCGUCAGAAAAUUGUCAAUGGUGUAGUUUUACAAAUGCGACCACGAAAAGCUUCUGUACACAGGUUUUCAGACAUACAGACCGAGAGCAUUCGACACACUCUACUAAAGAAACAAUCCGGAGAGCAUCAGGUGGUGGAAGAGAGGAUGCAGCUAAGGAACAAAAUAGUGGACGAAAACCUGAGUUCUGAGAGCAUUCUCAACAUUCAGAACCAGAGACUAAGCAUGGAGAGCAACUGCUCCAUGUCCAGCCAGACAUCUAGUGUCAAGCUUACCAGUGGUUACAGAAUGCAGGUCCCUGUUACAAAGGCAAUACAAUACCAAAGGAAUAGGACAAAUUAA